AUGAACGACUGGGAACCGAUUUUUAACGAAGUGUAUAAUGGCAUUGAAUAUCACAGAAGCAUUAAAAAAAGUCAAAAGAAUCUCUCUCUUUUAGCUGAAGAGGAAUUUGAUUACUUCCUUGCGGGUCACUGCGAUAAAUCAGAACAUUAUUAUUAUGAAUUCGAAAAUCUAGACAAACCAACUUCGCCGGAAUUUAUCGCCGUCUACGCCGUACUUAUUUUUGGUGGAGUCGUGUUAAACCUCCUGGUUCUGGUCACGACAUUUUCCCGAAAUCGAUGGCGAACAGUAACAAAUACAUUCAUCGUCUCAUUGUCUUUAGGAGACUUCUUGUUGGCAACUGUGAUUAUUCCCGUGAGGAUAAACGAACGUUUUCUCUCGAAAAGUUUCGUCGAAAUGCGAAUAAUAUACCCAUGCAUUGGAGCAAUCACCAUAUUCAGUCUGAGUUGUUUAACCUUAGAUCGGUAUCUGAAUAUAAUGCACGCUAUGGACUAUGAUGGAUACAUGAAUAAGUCGCGAGCUGCUGUUUUGAUUGCAAGUUGUUGGAUCUUCUCCAUUCUUCAAUCGUGCAUAUACUUCUUGAUUCACGAAAGUGAUAGGUACAAGAAAGCAAUUUACAACGAUGUUCGCGGUAUUCUCUGUUUUGCAUUACCGGCAAUACUUAAUUGUGUCGUUUACGCGAAAUUGUUCGUGAUAGCCAAAAGACAUUCACGCCAUAUUGCUGUAACAUCAACGAGUAUACCUCAUUCCCACCCGUUGCCACUGAGACAGGAUACGAAAUUACUCACCAUUGUUGUGUUCCUUGUCGGAACAUUCAUCGUGUGCUGGUUUCCAUUCCUUUUCGCUGUGUGUUACGAACUCCACCAUGAAAAGUCCGAACUGAGCAAAAGCUUUUGUUUGUUUAAGGAUAUCUCAGAAUGCAUCUUGAUGAGUACGUGUGUGAUAAAUCCUAUCACGUGCGGUCUUUUCAGAAGAGAUAUUCGUCAACGAGAAAGCGUUGAAGAAAUUGAACUAAACUAA